AUGGUUACUAUUGUUCUGGGCGCGCAGUUUGGGGAUGAAGAUGCCGGCCACACUAUUGUCCACGAUGAUAUAACCUAUGAUUUCCACAUCCUGCCCUCAGGCCUCAUCUCACCCGACUGUAUCAACUUGGUUGGCACCGGAACCGUCGUGCAUGUACCGAGUUUCUUCAAGGAGUUGGAUGCGCUAAAAGCCAAGGGUCUGAAGGAAGCUGAUAAGAGGAUAUUCAUCAGUGAUCGGGCGCAAGUCUGCUUUGAUCUCCACUCCGUUGUCGACGGGCUGGAAGAAGCGAUUUUGGCGGGAAAAAAAGUUGGCACGACAGGGAAGGGAAUUGGACCUUGCUAUAGCGAUAAAGCAUCUAGGAGAGGUGUGAGGAUUGGAGAGGUGUUGGAGGAGGGUGUUGUGGAGAGCAAACUUCGGGCCCUUGAAGCGGGGUAUCGAAGACAGUUUGGAGAGUUGAAGUAUGACCUCGAAGAUGAGGUUAAGAGGUUUAAUGAAUACCGCACCAAACUCCAGCCCUACGUCGUCGACCAAAUGGCCUUCAUGCACAAACAUCGCUCUUCCCCUUCAGUUCUCGUUGAGGGCGCCAACGCUCUCCUGCUCGACAUCGACCACGGAACUUACCCCUACGUAACCUCCUCCUGCACUGGCCUGGGGGGAGCAAUCCAAGGCCUAACCCUCAACCCAACCUCGAUAAAAUCCAUAGUCGGCGUGGUAAAAGCAUAUAGCACGCGCGUAGGCUCCGGCCCCUUCCCCACUGAACAAAACAACGCCGUGGGCGAAAAGUUGCAAAAAGCCGGUCGCGAAUUCGGCGUCACAACCGGCCGACGACGUCGCUGCGGCUGGCUUGACAUGGUCAUGUGUCGCUACAGCAAUGCCAUCAACCAUUACACCGUCAUCAACCUGACAAAGUUGGAUAUUCUUGACGACUUCGAUGAGAUUAAAGUUGCGGUGGCGUACAAGCUGGAUGGGAAGCUCCUAGAAUCGUUCCCCGCACAGGCUGAUGUGUUGGAUAAGGUUGAGGUGGAGUAUGUCACUUUCCCCGGCUGGAAGUCGAACACCAUGGGUGCUACCAAGUGGGAACAUCUUCCGACAAAUGCGCAGCGCUAUGUCGAGUUCAUUGAGAGGGAGAUGGGUGGUGUGCCGAUUAGGUGGAUUGGGACUGGGCCGGCGAGAAACCAUAUGAUUGAGCGCAUAUGA